AUGGCAGACGGCAAGGCCCAUUUCAAGUGUGCAAGCUCCAUUGCCCUCCUAGAGGGACGCGCAUCGUUGGAGCUCCCCGGUGAUAUCUUAAGCGCCAGCACUCUGGGCGCUCUCGAUAUCCGCCUGAGAAGAGUAGAAGCGUUUUACAACGUCUCACUCCCUCCGGCAUGCCAGGCGGCGGCUUGGGACACACUUGCGUACCGCGUCUUCCGCCUCAUCAAAGCCUACAGAACCUUUCCUUCGUUUCCUAAUAGUUUGUUUUCUCCGAAACACUUUCUGGAGCUCGUUCCAGAUCCCAACAGCGUGUCCUCGGAAACUCUCCAGACUCUCUGCUCCGACAUCGGGUACAGAAGUUACAACUGGACCAAGUCUCUCGCGCUUGCCAAUCCUUCCGAUGAACUCAGCGUGUACAGUCAGAUAUGUCGUUAUUAUACCGGAAAGUCUAACCAACUGCGAAUUGUUGCGAUUCCGACUACUCGGGCUGAGAUUUAUGGCUUAUUGGCCGUCCUCGCAGUCGAGAAUGGGCCGGCAAUCAAGCAACCCUUCGGUGUGCCUGUUCCACCGCCGGGGCUCGGCAAUGGGGUGACUGUUGUCAACGCAUCACCCGGCCGCAAGAAGACCCCAAAGCGCUCAAUACUUUCCAAGUUCUCGUGGAUGAAAAAGCUAGCAUUUUGGCGGAAGAGACCUAGCGACGAUGAUUCGUCCAUCUACAGCUCCAGCAGCUCAGGCAGCUCCUCGAGCAGUACCAUUUCCUAG